GGAAGCGGAAAUGUUCUCGCUCAAUCCAGCAGCAUAACAAGCGUCUGGUGAAAAGCUCCAUCUCGGUGCUCCUUUAACCCGUUUACUGGAAAAAAAUAAGCGCAACAAAUUGAGUAUUGCUCAAAGUUGGAUUUAACGAGAAGUAAAAGAAGAGUGAAGGUCCUUCAUAAGUGAGCUUCACCGGGUCGUUUAUGUGAGAGGAUCGUGCCGGAGAGACGCGGGACAGAGACUGGAGGAGAGACCCCGGGAGCCGCACACAGUUGUGUCCUGGACCUGUGCUCGUGUUUAUAGAGUCGAGACAUCGUCGCCUUCAGCCCAUCACAGGGAAUAAACUCGGGGGCAAAAACAAACAAACUCGAUCGAGACGUUUUCCACUUGCUUUGGUGUAGACACACGCAGGUGUUGGAGCUGAAUCAUGGAGGCCAUUGCCAAGUAUGAUUUCAAAGCGACUGCUGAUGACGAGCUGAGUUUUAAACGAGGGGAGAUCCUAAAGGUAUUAAAUGAAGAAUGUGACCAGAACUGGUACAAGGCAGAGCUGAAUGGCAAAGAUGGCUUCAUCCCCAAGAAUUACAUAGAAAUGAAAGCACACCCGUGGUUCUUUGGGAGGAUUCCUCGGGCGAGAGCAGAGGAGCUGCUGAACAAACAGAGGCACGAUGGAGCUUUCCUUAUUAGAGAGAGCGAGAGUGCGCCUGGAGACUUCUCCCUGUCUGUGAAGUUUGGCAAUGACGUGCAGCACUUCAAGGUGUUGCGUGAUGGGGCAGGAAAGUACUUUUUGUGGGUUGUAAAGUUCAACUCCCUCAACGAGCUGGUGGAUUAUCACCGCUCAACCUCAGUCUCUCGAAACCAACAGAUUUUUCUACGUGACAUUGAGCAGGUGCCUCAGCACCCCACAUAUGUGCAGGCCCUAUUUGACUUUGACCCUCAGGAGGACGGCGAGCUUGGUUUCCGCCGCGGUGAUUUCAUCCAGGUCCUGGACAACUCGGAUCCUAACUGGUGGAAGGGUGCAUGCCACGGUCAGACAGGCAUGUUCCCACGCAAUUACGUCACACCUGUCAAUCGGAACAUGUAAACAACAGAAGUAUAGGUCCCUUCUUUCCAAACACACACACCCCUCCUCAAAUAAGCCUAAAUGUCCCCCUCUGCCCCUAACACCCUGUGUUUUGCAGAGUGAAAAGAGAAAAAAUGGAAACUGAAAAAAAGAAAAAAAAAAGAGGAAAAAAAAGGGUCAGGAGAGUGUGUGUUUCUCCAGUGACAUAUGGGCAAAAAGAAAAUCAAUGCUGAUUCCUGAGAAUUAUUGAUUGCAUCACUAUGAACGCUUGCAGCCAGGGUCUAAUGAGCCUAAGCUUAGUGCAACACCACACAAAUUAACACCACAACAAUCCUGUGUGUAGAUCUCCCCCAGCUCCGUCUGCCUCCCCAUCUUCUCAAAUUCAACACCUUUUCAUUGUAGUGCAUUUUCUUUUCAUUACGUUUUGGCUGCAUGUUUUAAUCACAUUGUAACAGGAAAUUUUGAGGCCAUUUUAAGUUUAACAAAAGAAAACAAGAUUUAAAAAAAUCAACCACAUAUUAGAUAGAUACCAUUUUUAAAAAAAAAAUGAUAAUUGAUGCUAAUUACAAGUUGCAGAGUCUGAAAUAACAGGCACAAGAACUUUGUACAUCAGUUUUUGGCCAUGAAAAUAUACAUAGAGAGAAUCCAUUUUUAAGAAGAUAUAUAUUAUAUAUUUGUAUGUGUUUGUCUGUUUUAUCUUUCCACACAUUU